ACGAAAAUGGUGAGGAAGAAUUGGGGAAAAAAUGGAGUGGAUCAAGGACACCUUCCUGGGUAUUCGACCUCUCCGAGUCGUUGUUUUCACAUGUUUGUCUGCCUUCUUUCCUCCUCUUUUUGAUGUUUCCACAUGACUUUUCUUUUUUCUUUCUUUCAAAAGGGCAUCAGCCUCUUGAGAUAUCAUCUCAUAUCAUCGUUGAACUCACCGGUCCCAGGAGACAUGGCGCAUCUUUAUGUUACCCAUCACGUUCAUUUUCUUGUCUGCUCGGCCAGUCGUCGACAUGAGAAUAUGGAACGAGGAUGCAUCGAGUUUCAGUGUGGCCACUGCUCGGAGAGCCGGGAUGGUUAACGGGACGGCAAAGAAAGCAGCACACACUCUCUGCCUGCAAGCUACAAGGUGUAAAUUGGAGGGUCUCGAUUUCAUCAUGAAGCCUUCGGAUUUCAUUCUCGGUGUUAACGGAGUGCUCUUUGCAGACAGGAGUGCUGGUUCAACGAGGCUCAAGGGUUCUGUUGCCCUGUCUGUUGAUCUGGGAAGCAUUCCAGAAGCCAUUUCAGCAACACCUCAACCACUGAUCGAAGGAGUUGGUGACUUGGUGGGUUGUCGUCCUCCCAACAUACUCAUGUCUAUCUCCAUUGCCACUCUGAAAUCCCAACUGUCUCUAGCUGCUGACAGUGCUGAGUAUCACUGCCUCCCGAUUACCUCUUAACACAGCAAUAUCUUCCUUGCUAUGUUUUUUUUUUUUUUUUUUUUUUUUUUAGUGCGUAAUGUGCAUUUAAAU